AGCCGUCGCGGGGAAGACCAUGUUGCUUCCGAACAUCCUGCUCACGGGUACACCAGGAGUUGGAAAAACCACAUUAGGCAAAGAACUUGCAACAAGAUCAGGACUGAAAUACGUUAAUGUGGGUGAUUUAGCUCGAGAAGUCUGAUCACCGGAUAUCAUGGAGUCUGGCAAGAUGGCUUCUCCCAAGAGCAUGCCGAAAGAUGCACAGAUGAUGGCACAAAUCCUGAAGGAUAUGGGGAUUACAGAAUAUGAGCCAAGAGUUAUAAAUCAGAUGUUGGAGUUUGCCUUCCGAUAUGUGACCACAAUUUUAGAUGAUGCAAAAAUUUAUUCAAGCCAUGCUAAGAAAGCCACUGUUGAUGCAGAUGAUGUGCGAUUGGCAAUCCAGUGUCGUGCUGACCAGUCUUUUACCUCUCCUCCCCCAAGAGAUUUUUUACUAGAUAUUGCAAGGCAAAGAAAUCAAACCCCUUUGCCAUUGAUCAAGCCAUAUUCAGGCCCUAGAUUGCCACCUGACAGGUACUGUUUGACUGCUCCAAACUAUAGACUUAAGUCUUUACAAAAAAAGGCAUCUACUUCUGCAGGAAGAAUAACAGUUCCAAGGUUAAGUGUUGGUUCAGUUACUAGCAGACCAAGUACUCCUACACUUGGUACACCAACCCCACAAACCAUGGCUGUUUCAACUAAAGUAGGGACUCCAAUGUCCCUUACAGGGCAAAGGUUUACAGUGCAAAUGCCUACUUCACAGGCCCCAGCUGUAAAGGCAUCAAUUCCUGCAACAUCAGCAGUUCAAAAUGUUCUUAUUAAUCCAUCAUUAAUCGGUUCCAAAAACAUUCUUAUUACCACAAAUAUGGUAUCAUCACAAAAUACUGCCAAUGAAUCAUCAAAUGCAAUGAAAAGAAAACGUGAAGAUGAUGAUGAUGAUGAUGAUGAUGAUGAUGAUGACUAUGAUAAUUUGUAAUCUAGCCUUGGUGCUUGUAAUAUGUAUACUUGAUCUUGAAUCCAUUGUAUUGAGAUUAAACAUUGCAUGCUGGAUGUUUUUGAGUUCUGUUGUAGAAAACCUAAAAAGUAAUAAGUAAAUAGAGUUAAUAUACCUUUCAAUUAAGAUGUUGAAUUUUCUUUCAUAGGAUUAUUAAUGGUUUUUCAUCAGCCUUUAAGUGUAAAAAAAUAAAAGUUUUCAUUCAUCAGUUUGACUUUUGGUACUUUGGCAGUUAUGUUUUUAGAAGCAAUUUUACCCUCAUGACCAGUGGGACUAACAGUUACAACAACUGUUGUUUCUAUUCAUUAAUGCUAGAAUGUCAACUUUUUGUAUCAUCAGAUGUUUAGAGGAUAGUAUGGUCUCUGGUGUAUAGCUCACUGAAGUUCUGUUAGAUUAUUGAUGUCUAACCACGUUAGACAUCAUGUUUGUAAAGACUUUAGACCUUUAUAUAGUGUAUCCUUACAUUUGAACUUUCCUCCUCAGUUGCCCAACUUUUAUUAGAUCCCACUCUUUUGAUUGUUUUUAAGGAUCCUUGAUGUAUCUCCUAGUGUCUCCUCACUUAAAAGUUAAAAAAAAAAAAAUUUCCAUUAUCCUUUUUGCCAGGUCAAUUUUGUGCAUCUUUU